AUGCGAAUGUUAGCAUAUGGUGUGGCGGCAGAUGCGGUAGAUGAAUACAUAAAAAUAGGAGGUACUACAGCAUUGGAGUGCUUACGUAGAUUCUGUAAAGGAAUCAUACGACUGUAUGAGCAAGUGUAUCUGAGAGCACCAACCCAAGAUGACCUUCAAAGAAUAUUACAUCAUGGGAAGGUCAAUUCACCAGGGGGGGAUAAGGGAACCACCACAGUUAUUCUUGAAGCAGUUGCAUCUCAUGAUCUAUGGAUCUGGCAUGCCUUUUUUGGAUGUCCGGGAACGUUGAACGAUAUAAACGUUCUAGACCGGUCACCAGUGUUCGAUGAUGUGGAACAGGGAAAGACUCCAAGGGUGAAUUACUUUGUGAAUCAACGUCCCUAUAAUAUGACAUACUAUCUAGCUGAUGGUAUCUACCCUUCUUACCCAACUUUCGUCAAAUCAAUUAGGCUUCCUCAAAGUGAACCCGAUAAGUUAUUUGCAAAACAUCAAGAGAGCUGUCGGAAGGACAUCGAACGUGCUUUUGGAGUGCUUCAAGCUCGAUUUAAAAUCAUCCGUGAACCAGCUCGCUUGUGGGACAUAGCUGAUUUGGGUAUAAUCAUGAGGUCAUGCAUCAUAUUACAUAAUAUGAUUGUUGAGGAUGAACGAGAUACAUAUGCUCAACGUUGGACCGAUUUUGAGCAAUCUGAAGGAAGUGGAUCUAGUACACAGCAACCAUACUCGACCGAGGUGUUACCCACUUUUGCAAAUCAUAAUGUUUAA